AUGACAUGCUAUUUGUCAUCAUCGGAAGAGGUGCCAGAUAGUGGUUGGCCAUCACCUCAAGCCACUACACGUGGUGAGGUUUGGCCACACCCCCAGAAAGCUGAAUAUGGGAAAGAAAAUCGAACGAUUAGACGAGGCUCCAUCAUGAUAUCAUGGCAGGGCAUUCGAGAUGUGGAUUGUGACAUUUUGGAGUUUGUUAAGAGGACUUAUCGUAGGUUUUGGUCGUCUUUUAGGCUUAAAAUUUAUUUUUAAAACUUUUUGAAAAACAACAGGUUUACUGUAGAAUACGAACUUUCUUUAUCAUUUUAAAUAUAGGAUAAGAAAUAAAAUUUAUGUUUGGAUCAAAAUUGGUAGAUUACCUUAAACAAUAUUGCUUUCAGAAAAAGACUGGUUCUUCCCAAAUCGUGGUCCAGCAGCCAGUCCAGGCGGGCUAAAGUUGAUCAUUCGAAGUGAUGCCAAAUGCCCAGAAAAGGACGAGUAUCCUCAACAAGGAAUGAAUGAAGAAUGUAAGUCAUUUCUGUUUUUUAGAAAUUUUAAAAUAUUAGGUUGUUCAAAUAAUUCUGUCUUUUACCUCAAAACAAAUUUUCGAGUUUAGGGAGCACAGAAUUAUUUGGACAACCUAAUAGAUUCUAAUUACGGACUUGGUUUGGGGUCUCGUUCCCACAUGUUCCGGCUUUGCCCUUUCUAAAUUUGAUUCGGUCCGGGCAAGACCGCACUGUUUUUAUUGGACCUAUUGUCAGAUAUAGCCCUGGUUCUUAUUAUAAGCUAAGAGGUCAGAAUUCAAAGUUUUAGAUUACCUACGUGUCCCAGUAGCCGGUGACGCUGUUUUGGAAGCCGAUGAAGUUUGGGGAAUAUUGAGAGGCCUCGAAAGCUUUAGUCAACUUAUAUUUCAAACUAGAGGAGCAGUAAGUGUACUUUUACUAUGUUUAUGACAAAGUCAGACAAUUUAAAGUAUUGUACUUUGAAACUACUGUAUUACAAACCUCUAUAUAGCGAUAAAUUUUUGAAUGUUUGACCGAUUCGUUAUGCAGCAGUUACACCGUACUUUGAAAGAUGAAAAGCAAAAUUUCAGUACUUUGUACGGACGGCAAUCAUUCACGACUGGCCUGAAUACACUGUACGAGGUAUUAUGAUUGACACAUCGCGACAUUACAUACCAAAAAAGAUCAUAUUAAGGCAGCUUGUAAGUUUGAUAAUAUGUUUAUUUUCAAGCGUAUUUUACUCACAGUAAAAAAGUGUUAUGAAGUAAACUAGGGUAGGGUAAGGUAGGGUAUUUAAAAACACUGGUCAACAUAAAGGUCUUGCUGUUAAUCUUGCUUUGAAUGGGAGACUACUGUAUAGUCUUGAUGUUAGGUAUGAAUUUGAGCUACUACGUUUACUAAAGAGUGUAAUAUUAUAGCAAAUUGAAUGAAAAACUGUACAAUAAUGGCUUUUAGGACAUAAUGGCUCAAAACAAGUUCAACUUGCUACACUGGCACAUCGUGGACUCACAAUCGUUUCCUUAUGUGUCCAAGAAGUACCCUCAUCUUUCUGAACGUGUAGGUCUUAUAAACUCAUAAACUUGAUAGAAUUGGACGUAUUUUACAAAAAGUUAACUUAAUUUUAUCUUUUUACUUAAAAUUCAUUAUAUAAUAAUAUAGUAUUAUCUCAAAGUGAAGUGUUAUAUUAUGCUACAGUAUUACUAAAAAUCUUUAUGUUAUAGUAGUGUAUUACCUAAAAUUCUAGCUUUAUAUGAUGGUAAGUGCCUUUAUUAUAUACUUAAUCUUUUAUUAUACAUUAUGAUAUUACCUAAACUUUCAGUCCGCCUACUCCCCCUCCCACGUCUACAACAAAAACACGGUGCAAGAGAUUCUGGAUCAUGCUAAAAUGCGUGGAAUCCGAGUCAUGGUUGAGUUCGACACUCCAGGCCAUAUGGCUAGUUGGAAAGGGGAGUUGGGUCUACUAACCGAAUGUCAUGACACUAAUGGGCACAGUGUAAUGUCAAAUAUUAUUGACCCAACAUUGGAAAGGAACUACGCAUUCUUGAGGAACUUUUACGAUGAGAUUCUGAGUGUUUUCCCAGAAAAGUUUAUCCAUCUAGGUGGGGACGAGGUUGGAUUCUGGAAGAGUUGUUGGUUAACCAAUCCUAAAAUACGGGAUUUUAUGUUGCACAAGGGGUUUGAUGAAAAUACGACAAUGUUGGAGAACUAUUACUAUGAUCGGUGGGUUUUUAGUGGUUUUGGUGAUCAUUUUAAAUUUAAUAAUUCUAAGUAGUACACUAAUAUUGACCAUACUUAAUAUUGACUAUGCAUUAUAUUAAUUUGUUCAAAUAAUUCGGUGCCCCUAUCAAAGCAAUUUUUUGGGGUUAGGGGCACAGAAUUAUUUGAACAACCUAAUAGUAAUAUUGACCUUAUUUGACUUUUGAAAUCUCAGUUUUCAUUUUUGGAAAAAAAAGUAAAAAUUUUGAAAUUUAUACUUCAAAUUUUAGCUUACAAGACCUAGUGACAGAUAUCAUAGGAGUGGACAAAGAUGCUCGUAUGAUCUUUUGGGAAGACGUGUUUCAAUACAAUAAUCCGGUAAGUCAACAGGGUCAAAUAGGUAGUGUAGAAUUCAAAAAACAACAGAGAGUAAGGAGACAAAAAUUGUGGCUACUGCAGUUAACUUUAUAGUAUUGCUUUAUCUUAUAGUAAAUGAUGAACAUUUCAUUUCCAGUUCCCCAAAGCAGUGGCACAUAUUUGGUAUUCAGCGUCAGAGAAAGCUCGGAAUGAUGCAUUACAUCGCUACACAGCAGCCGGACAUGAAGUGAUAUUGUCAUCUUGUUGGCAAUUAAACUAUGUGAACUAUGGAUCUGAUUGGAAGGAUGAAGGUAGUAAAUCUGGUCAAUUUUACUACUGUGAUCCACGAGGAUUUAGUGGAAGUGAAGAACAAAAGAAGCUAGUGUUAGGAGGUAUUGUAGGCUUGUGGGGAGAGUUCAUCGACGGCACUAAUAUUGAAUCGGUAUUGUGGUACGUUUAACCAUUUAUUUUUAAGUUUACCCUACUCUACGUUACCCUACCCUAUCCUACCCCACCGUGCCCUGCCCUCCCCUACCUUACUCUACCUUACCCUACUUUACCUUUCCCUACUCUGCCUUACUUUACCCUACCGUGCCCUACCCUACCCUACCUUAUCUUACCCAUUAUAAUUCAAUAACUCUUAAAGGCCCCGAGCAUCAGCAGUAGCAGAACGCUUAUGGAGUAAUCCAAAGCAAACUACAGACGCUGAUCGAGCCUGGCCACGACUUCACGAACAUCGUUGUCGUCUUGUAGCACGAGGCUACCGUGCUUCACCUAUUAAUGGUCCUGACUUUUGUAUCAAUGAGUACGAUGAUCCAACAGCCUAA